UACACAGAACCAUCUCUAGCGGUUUUGCAAGCGCUUCAUUGUUUGCAACUGUAUUGGUUUGGGAUUGGUGAGUCAAGAACCGGCCAUUUAUGUCUUACCUUGGCCUACCGUUCGUGUGAUCUCCUUGGAUACAACAGAAAGGUUGUUGAUGGGGUUGAAAAAUCCGAUUCCUCGCUCGAAUCAGAGUCAAGGCGUCGAUGCUUCUGGGCUUGCUGGAUAUCCACAAGCAUAGUCAUGGAACCAGAACCGUAUGCCAGAUUAGCCUGGCAAGAGGCUUCCAUGAUACCACUUCCUGCUGCUAUACAAGAUUCAGCUUCCGCUCAUGAAGUUGCCUUAAAUGAGAAGAUGGAUCAUACCUGGCGUUCAAGCUUGGCGGUAUCUCAGUGCGAAGGUUCACGCUCCCUUGUGUACGCCGCAUUAUUGGUUAAAAUGGUCGGAGUGUGGGUUAAAGCUCAGCUUUUGGUCCGCGAUUGGGCAUCGUAUAGCAUUGCUGAUAAUCUUGAUUCGCUGCAAAGACUCUCGCACUUGGCAAGGUCAAUCUUUGAGAAAGAAAUGUCUAGCGUGGAUACAGAGGCCUCUCGGAGCGACCAUGGCACGGAGGAUACUCCCCUGGUACUCUUCACUAGUGCCCUUUACCACCAAUGCCAGAUCGCUUUGCAUUCAAUGGUUGUGCCUUUGUUUUCUGGUACACACCAUGGCCCAACGAUAGACCCAGAAAUCGUGAAGCAAAGCGCAGAGACAGUCACACAACAUGCAGAGUUAUGCGAAGCUCUAUUAGCUCCUUACAUGUAUGGACCAGGCGAUGUUACGCUUCUACCGCCUUUCGUGGGAUAUGCUGCUUUCAUUACGGGUGUUGUGUUCUUGGCUAUUGAGGUCUCUUUUCGAGACAAGACAUCACGAAGGCCUAUCCCCGGAACAGUAUCAGAGAGUCGUAGAUUGUCGACUGUGAAAGGAACGCUUGGCUUACUCAACAAACUUCGGUUCUAUUGGAGAGCUCUGCAGCUUUCUUGGGAAAAGCUAGACGCUGCGUUGCAGCUACAUCUGUCAUGCUAUAGAACACAGCACGGAUUAACCGGCCCACACCCCGUCAGAGCCCCCGAACUUAACCCUUCAACACCUAAGUCACAACUCUCAGAUCCUGUACUAGAACAGCCUGUGGACAACGAGCAGUCAAGGCACCGCGAAGCAUCGGUCCCACCGAUAAGUCCCUCGGACCAACAUCUGCAUCCACUGGCGAGUGGCCGGAGAACUCUAGAAGUCGAUGCAAUCCAGCAGACCCCACAGGUAACCAUGUCCGGUAACUGUAACUUUGAACAAUCGGAUAUGGAGGCCGCUGAUAUGUCUUUCACAACACCAUCUGGUGUAACCCAGGACAACCCCUGGUACAACCUGUCUUUCGCGGAAGCCGGAAUCGAACAGUUUGCAGGCUUCGAGCCCUUACACCUAUUCCAGCAGGGAUGCGGGUUCUUUAGCUGAGCAAUGAUCCAUUCAUCUGUAUGUAGGGCGAGAUAUAUCCGAGGAUAGGGAGCAGUCG